GGGGUAGGUGGGUGUGGGGGUGGCGUGUACGAGUAUUUCAUCUGAGCAGUAUUUGCCCCUAUAAGAGGACUAAAAGCUUCAGGCCCAGGUGGGGGACACUCGUGUAUUUCGGAUACUUUGUUAGUUCAAGCAUAGCAAGUCUAUAAUCCAUAAUAAUUUAUUAAAGCCUUUAAAUACUUUCUUUAAAUGUAGGAAUUAUUUUUUUGUUCCAUACGAGGGCUACGUUCUCGUUUAUUUAUUGUCUUACUGAAGGUGGAAAGUUAUGUUUGCAACGAUUAGUAGAUGUCGAACACUUUAUGCAAAUGAGCCCUCGGCAAAACACCAUGAACUUGAAAUGAAGGCUAAAUAUAGCCAUACGGAUGUCUAGAAGAUUUAAUCACAGACUCAUUUGUGUAAGGAUUUAUUCUCAGGGGACAGUGUGCAGUGUUAUUGACAGGUGAAGUUGAAUUCAGUGUUAAGAUACUGUUCGUCAGGUGCAUAAUUAUUGAGGUGUACAUUAUAUAUUAAAAAAAUAACUAUUACAAUUUCUAAUGUAAUUCUACAUUUCAAACACUGACUUCAAAAUCGUAUCUUCACUUUUGAGGUUCUUUCAACAUGGCGGGCAUGAACAAUACAGCUACAAGUGACCCAGUCGCUGAGAGCCUGGCAUCAUUUCAAGAGACAUUAGAUCAAGUCUUUCUGCUGAUAAUGGGAAACAUGGUUCUGCUGAUGCAGUGCGGCUUCGCUUUCCUAGAAGCAGGCAGCGUCCGAAGUAAAAACACAAGUAACAUUUUGAUCAAGAACCUACUGGAUCCUUUCAUCUCUGGAAUCGCUUACUGGACCGUCGGGUUCGGAUUCGCUUUCGGUGAGGGGAACGGUUUCAUUGGCUGGCGUCAUUUCGCUACGUCAGAGCUGCCGGACAGCAAGCUGGCCUUGUUCUUCUUUGAGUUUGUGUUCGCUGCUACCGCAUCAUCCAUCGUGUCUGGAGCUGUGGCCGAAAGGUGUGAAUUUGUCGCCUAUGUCAUAUACAGCACUGUUCUAGCAGGUUUUAUAUACCCUGUGGUCACUCACUGGGUUUGGACACCUGAAGGUUGGCUGACUCAAGGGUUAACAUAUGAGAUUAAUGGGGUCAAUGAGACAAUAGGCUAUCAUGACUUUGCUGGCAGUGGAGUAGUCCAUGUUGUAGGGGGUACAGCUUCGUUCUUCGCUGCUCUAUUUCUUGGUCCGAGAAUCGGACGAUUCCACAAGGAGACUGGGACAGUGAUUCGGAUCAGAGGACAUUCUGUACCAUUGGCAGCGUUAGGUGGAUUUAUUUUAAUCUUUGGUUUCAUGGCUUUUAACGGUGGCUCCAAUAUGACUGUCUCUAAGCCUGGAGACGGUGCCAUUAUAAGCCUGGCCGUGGUCAACUCAGUGUUGUCAGGCAGUAGUGCAGCAUUCACCACACUGGCUAUUCAUAAAGUUGGCAUUAUGGGUCAACACUGGAGUCUGCUCAAUACAUUGAACGGUGCAUUGGCGGGAAUGGUGGCCAUAUGUGCCGGAUGUGACACCUACAGACCCUGGGGAGCAAUCAUUGUCGGGACCAUCGCUGCGGUUUCUUUUAACAUAACUUCAUAUUUGAUGAUCAAGUUGAAAAUUGACGACCCCGUGGAUGCUGUCGCAGUACAUUUUGGAGGCGGAAGCUGGGGAGUCAUCGCUGUUGCCUUCUUGAAGUACGACACGGGGAUACUCAUGAGUUGGGAUCGUCGCUCCGGCCUGUUACUUGCUUGGCAGCUGGUUGGCUAUUGCUCUAUUGCACUGUGGGCAGGGGGUAUAAGCUUGAUCAUGUUUGGGUGUCUAAAGCUGGCCGGAAUACUUCGAGUUCCUAAGGAAGUGGAGAUGAAAGGCCUUGACAUUUCUGGACACAACGAGCCAGCGUAUCCCUUGGAGACGUACGGCCAUGGCCAUCUAGAAAAGAUUAUAACCAUUCUGGAAGACGGUCAGCUGUCUCAUCUUCAUCAAGGCUAUGUCAAUGGAGGUUUUAAGAAAGAUCUGGGGCCCUACGAAAGCCCCGAAGUGAAAAUUAUGGGCACCAACGAAGUCAGGAUGGUGUUCUCCCUAGAACAGGCUGUGUCCAUUGAGCCUAAAUCAUGGUACCAAACCCCUCCCGCUGAAGGCAACGGUGUACUUCAGGAAAGAACUUCUCUUUAAGCACUGCAAAAAUCAGCGGCCCAGAGCGCGGACUGCAACGUUCUGCCAAAGCUCUAUCAUAUUUACUACUCUUCUUGAUGCAAAGCUGUUUUACUGUACUGCUAAACUGAAAUAGUAACAUCGGAUCAAGUUGUGUAUCCUGACAAUACUCAUACGGUAUUUCUACAAAUAUGUUUGUUUCAUUGGAUAUAUUAAAUCAUAGUGUGAUUGUUGUUUGUAAACUAAAGAAUAUGUGAAUGUUUACUUCGAAGAAAUGUUUUCAUAUGCGAUUUAUUUUAUAAUUGUGACAGUGACUAUUUAAUUUCAAUAAUAAAUCCUGCCAAGAACAUUAAUAUUAAUGAUAAUAUUAAUUAAUAUUAAUGAAACAAUAUAAUAUUCAUAUGCAAUCUAACUGAACUAUAUAUUUCCAUAUAUUUCUUGAAAAAAGAGUAACAAACUAUUUUUUUUAGCUACCUCGACUCCGAGUUAAAAUUAAAUAACAACAAACUUUUGGAACGAAAUUUUCUUGAAUGUAAUAUAUUAAGAGUACUAUAUGUAUCCUCUACUUAUAAUCAUUUAUUAUAAAACUUCUUGUAUUGUGUAGCCAUAAUGAAAACAUAAUCCCUUCUGUUAAAGUGUCUUCUAUUAACAUCUAAGCUCUUUCUCUCUCUAUCUCUCUCUCUCUCUCUCUCUUUAUUGUUUUUUUUAUGGCCGGAAACCCCCUUUGUUAUUUUUGUCUUUUUAUAAACGGGCCCCAUUUUAACGAUCAACCUACUUUUUGAGCCAGUGUUUAUAUAUAUAUAUUCUCUUAACUAGAUGCAUCACGCCUGUAACGUCUGUAUUAUAUAAGACAAGAAGAUAAGAACUAUAAAAAAAAAAUAAAAAAAAUAAGAUUAACAAAGAAAAUUUGUUUGGGCAAGAAAAUGUCGAAAUCGGAGCCCAAACUUGUCCACUUAGGUAGGUAAAAAAAAAAAGAAAAGGCAGGUUUUAAUAUUUUCAACAUGAGUAUCAGAAACUAAGAACAACAAACUAUCAACAGCUACAACCUUAGCUCCUACAAUACAAACAGAAGAGACAUGACAGUGUCCGUAGUGUUGUCGACACAGUUGCAUAGUGUUAGUUCCCCUGACGACAUGAUACCACAGGAUACGGAGAUUAAUUAAUGCUAUUAUUAUUAUGACAUUGUUAAUAUGUAUUCAAUGUUCAAUGUGAACCAGGCCUAGCUGGUGUUAUUGAGGUAAUUAUUGGCCGAUCUCUCUUUGAAGGCCUCAAGGUAGAAACAUUUAAAUGUUACUGUAUAAUGAGUAUUGUAGGGUAUAUGCCCAUUUGGCUACCUUGUAACUCUUAUAGUAUAGUAUACUGUUUAUCUAUUGUUGUUCUACAUAUAUGUUUAAUGCAUUCUUUUUCUUUUAAAAAGAAGAGAAUAUAUUAUUAACUCUUUCUCUCCGUAAUUAUUUUCUUCGUUCGAAUAGAAAUAUUUAUUUUGAAUAUUUCUAUUUCACUAUCCUGUUAUGAUUAAACUUCAGUAACUUUUUGUUUGAUAUCAGAAAAUGUUUUAGUUGGCAUCGAAUUGUAGGGAAAUGCACGCGCUCUUUUUACACAAACACAAAUUAAAGUUUAUACAUCCAAAAAUCAAUUUAGUUUAAUGGGGUCAAAUCGACCUUAGAAUCUUCAAAUAGGAGAGAAAGAGUUACAAUGUAGUGUCGCUUGUAUGACAGAAAAUAGGUAGUGAUACAUUAAAACAAAGAAACAAAAAAAAACUUUUGCGUAAAUUAUAUGAAUAAAUAUAAAUAUAAAAUCAUAACGAUGUGUCCGCUAUUAAUAAAGUCUCCUCCCGUUUUAAAGAAGAGUUGACUAAUGGUGCAAUUUUAUCAAAAACUGACUGCGUUGCUAAUUAAAAAAAAAGUUUUCUCUCUUAGAAAAACAAUAGUUAGCAAUCACUUCACAACUUUGAAAGAUCUAAAAAAUCUUGAUAUCGGGUUUUCAAUAUCUUAACUAUUUUUUUGAGAUCGGACGGACGGAUCUACGGACAGACAGACCACGCAAAAGGAAUAACAAUCAAAAUACUUUGAAACAAGAAUACAAACAGUAAAUUUAUGUAUUUUUUCUACUACCUGCUAAAUGUGAUGAUAAAUUAACUGUAAGAUUAUUUUUUUUCCUAUUGGAGAUUUGUAUGCAUAACCGAUAAGCUAUAAAUAGUAACCCUGUUAGUGUAUCCGCUGUACAAAACUCAGGACGUCUUGAUAAGAUGAGCUCGUUGAAUAGUAGUGAAUACUUUGAAAGGUACAGAAGAAUCUAAUAUUUUAAGCUCCUCACUUUGUAACUCUAGUUUGUAAUUUCGAAGUUGAAUUUAGAGUUUUGGACAUUGAUUAGUUUAUUGUGAAACUCUCCAAUAGAACUCAUUACAGUGGAAGUGUUGGUGGUGUCAGUGCUAGAGCUGAUAAAAAGAUUUGGUGUCUCAAAUGUUGGAUGUGUUUCAUGUUCCUCCUAAUGUCAGUUUUUUUGACAUUUGUAUGUACAUUUUGUAACAAAGGUAAAGUUAUAUUAUUCUAAUUCUAACUCUGCUUGGUUAGCAUCUAAGAUAUAAAAUAACGCUUUCAAUGUAAGUAAUAGUAUUAGUACUACAAGAUGCAUUUAAUGCUUUGAAAUAUUUAUGUUUUUGUUUAACUUGUGGUAUUGAUACUGGGAAAGGUAUUAUUCAAUUGAUUGCAUAUAACAAAGGUUUAGUAAUGUAUUAUUAUUAUUUAUGUUUUCAAAUUGUCGCAUCGUUUUGAUAUUUUUUUUUAAAUGCUUAUAUACUUCUUAUAAAUAAAUUCAAGUUUCUCUUAUCGAUCUAUUCGUUCAAGCCAAUGUCAUAAUAUACAAUAUAAAUGAGAGAUUACAUUAUAAGAGCCUUGACUAGAUAACGCCCUGUUUAGAAAAUAUUGACCAUAGGAGUCAAACAAGACACAGUAAACCUCUGUACGUGUCUGUGUAAGAAGGAGAGGGGGCGAGGUCAAAUCGUAGAAUUGUUCAAGUUACGUCUCUGUCAUGUUCGUUAAUGUAUUUUGUGGCCAAGUGGUCUUCCCAGAACUGCUUAAUUUACACAGGCAAUGUUAUAUUUUAUAUUUUUAAACAAAUAAUGUGACUUCAACAGACAUCAAAAAAUAAAAAAACAAAUUGUUGCAAAAACAA